UUUCAAACUCACUCCUCUCAUCUCAUCUUUGCCAGAAAGAGACCAUGGCUGAAAUGAUCCUCAGUUUCGUUGUGGAAGCAGCUCUGUCCAGGGUGUCUUCGCUCAUGGCCAAUGAAAUCAUCAGUGCUUGGAAGCUCAACGACGAGUUUAAAGGCCUUCAAGACUCGCUCACCAUGAUUCGUGAUGUGCUUCAAGAUGCAGAGGAACAACAAACGGAAAAAGAAUCUGUGAAGCGCUGGCUGAAGAAGCUCAAGGAAGUAGCUUAUGAUGCUGAGGAUGUCUUUGAUGAGUUAGCCUAUGAGAAUCUUCGACGAAAGGUUGAGAUGCCAGAUCAACCGGGAAUGGAGGUACGCAACUUUUUUUCAUUCUCCGAAGGCAUUCGUUAUGUCAAAAAGGUUGCGUUGCAUGUCAAAAUGGCCCACAAAGUUAGGAAAGUAAAUGAAUCGUUGAAUAAGAUUAAGAACGAAGCUAUGGGUUUUGGACUUCAAGUCUCAUCUAGUGAUAGAAAAAUGCCUCAAAUAGAUUUGGAUCGGCUGACAGACUCAGUCCUUGACAACCCAGUUGUGGGGAGGGAAGCUGAUGUCUCUAAGAUUGUGAACUUGCUGAGUCGUUCCUGUGACCAGCAAGUUCUCACCAUUGUUCCCAUAGUGGGGAUGGGCGGUUUGGGGAAAACAGUUUUAGCUAAAUUGGUAUGUCAAGAAGUAAUAGAAAAAAAGCUUUUUGAUCUUAAAAUAUGGGUUUGUGUCUCUGAUAACUUUGAUGAACAAAGAAUUUUGGGGGAAAUGCUGCAAACUCUCAAUGCAAAUAUGGGUGGGAUGACCAACAAAGAUGCAAUACUUCAACAACUUGAAAAGGCAUUAGAAAGCAAAAAGUUUCUACUUGUUCUUGAUGAUGUUUGGAAUAAUGAACGUGAUAGGUGGGAUGAGUUGAAGACUCGUUUGAUAAGAAUUAGUACAAGCAAAGGAAAUGCUAUUCUUGUAACAACUCGUACCGAGGAAGUGGCAUCAAUAGUAGAGACUUCCACUCAUUACAGGCAUAAACUGGGUUGGUUAUCCGAUGAUGAAUGCUGGUCCAUUAUGAAGGAAAGGGCACUUAGAAGUGGAAGAAAAUCAAUCCCCACAGACUUGGAGGACAUUGGAAGGGAGAUUGCCGAAAAAUGUGGAGGAGUUCCAUUGGCUGCAAAAGUUUUAGGUGGGACAAUGGGCUUCAAAAUGGACAAGGAAGAAUGGUUGUCUAUUAGAAACAGUAAUGUUUUGAGUAAGGGUAACGUUGAGUCUAUAUUGAAACUAAGUUUUGAUCACUUGCCUUCACAUCUGAAGUCAUGUUUCGCAUACUGUUCAGUUUUCCCGAAAGAUACUCAGAUAGAAAAAGAACAAUUAAUUCGGUUGUGGAUGGCUGAAGGUCUUGUAGGGAUAUCUAAUGAAGAUGAGGCCAACAAGUACUUUAAUGCCUUAGUUCAGAAUUCCUUUUUCCAAGAUGUUGAAAGGGAUGAAUAUGAGAAUGUUAGAUGGUGCAAGAUGCAUGAUCUUGUGCAUGACCUUGCACUAUCACUUUCAAACUCUGAGACGCUGACUUUGGAAAAUUGUUCUGUUGUUGAUGACAUAUCAUGCAUUCGUCGUUCAUAUGUAGAUAGGCAAAAUGCAACCAUUUUAAUGGAAUUUCCAACAGGCGGUGCUAAAAAGUUGCGUAGUUUACUCAUGAAGGAUAUUGAGUUUGAUGGAUCUUGGAAACUGAAAAGCUUGCGUGCCCUACACUUCAUGAGUUCUUAUGAUAUCAAAGAGUUGCCAUCCUCAGUUGGUAAGUUGAAACUUUUGAGAUAUCUCAACAUCUCAUUCACUAAUAUUGAAGUGUUGCCUGAAUUCAUCAGCGAGCUCUACUAUUUGCAAACAUUAAGAUUUCUUAAGUGUCGGUCACUUACAGUAGUUCCUAGAAACAAAAUGUGCAAUCUGAUCAGCUUGAGGCAUCUUGAUUUUGAUAAUCAGUCUCAUAUGCCAUCUAAGGUGGGGCGGUUAACUUGUCUCCAAACACUGUCAUUGUUUGUUGUGGGUCCAAAUAGGGGAGGUAGCAUUCAAGAACUAGAAUGCUUAAACCAAAUAAGUGGGGAGUUGGUAAUAAAUCAUCUUGAGGAGGUGAGAGACAAAGCAGAAGCACAGAAAUCAAACCUACAGGAGAAAACGAAAUUAAAAGCCCUUACAUUUGAAUGGAGUGAUGUAAUAGAAAGCAGCAGCAGCAACAACGAUGAGGAAGUGUUGGAAGGUCUUGAGCCUCACCCAAAUAUAGAGAGAAUAAAGAUAAAGAAUUACAGGGGUGAAAAGUUCCCGCCGUGGCUGUAUAAGAUGAAAAUAACGAGUGAUUCUGUCACUGUAUUCGAUAAUUUGGUGGAACUUCAAUUGUUGGAGAGUAGGUGUUGUAAAAAACUCCCAAGGCUUGGACAUCUUCCUCGUCUUAAAAUGCUCAAAAUAGAAAAAAUGAAUAUGAUCAGACGUAUAGAGAAUGAAUUCUAUGGAAUUGACACUGGAAGCAAUGGACAACGGGGACCUUUUCCAGCAUUAAAGAAAUUAUUUUUGAGUUAUAUGCCGAAUUUAGUUGAAUGGGAGGCACCAACUGUAGAUAAAGGAGGCGAAACAGCUGUGUUUUCUUGUCUUGAAGAAUUGAGCAUUAGUUAUUGUGCUUUGCUGACAAAAAUUCCGUUAAGUGAUAUUCCAUUGCUUCAAAGACUGGAAAUCCUUAAUUGUGAAGAAUUGAUCUAUUUAUUCAAUGAACUUCAGUCCUUCCAGUCUCUUAAAAGCAUUAAAAUUGGAUGGUGUAGUAAAUUAACUUGUCUUCCAAGUGGGCUGAAAUCCUUCACUUCCCUGAAAUCAUUGGAAAUAGAUGAAUGCCGUGAGCUGACAUCGGUUCCCGAAUAUUUAGGAGAAAUUCGUUCUCUUAAUGAUUUACGAAUAACAAAGUGUUGGAAUUUGAUUUACUUCCCAAAGACGAUUUUAGGUAGGCUCACUCGAUUGAGGCAAUUAGCAAUCGGUGGUUUCUCUAAGGAGUUGGAUUCUUUCCCUUUUCUGAAUUCAAUCCAAGACCUUCCAUCCCUUGAAUCCUUAACUAUAUAUGGGGAUUAUUAUGGUGGAGGUAGAACAAAGUCUCUGCCAGAUCAACUUCGAUGCCUCACUGCCCUUAACUCAUUGUCUAUAUGGGAUUUCAAUGGAGUGGAAGCUUUGCCAGAGUGGUUGGGCAAUCUUUCCUCUCUUCAAUCCCUUGAAAUUUGGAAUUGUAAGAAUCUGAAGUAUCUACCUACAGCUACAGCCAUGCAACGGCUCUCCAAAUUAAGGAAUCUCCGCAUUGCAUAUUGUUCCUUCCUUGGGGCAAAUUGCGCCAAGGGGAGGGGCUCUGAGUGGCCCAAGAUUUCUCAUAUCUCAGACGUACGCAUAGAUGAGUACUUAUAGAUCAUGAAGGAAACCAUGGGGUGAAAAAAGUGUAGAAAAGAAUAUUCUCUUUGAGCUCUGUUGUUAAGGACACUGAACCUAUUUUACAUCUGAAAUCAAGUUUUAGGGAAAGAUCUCAUAUUGGAAGGGCUCAAUCAUUUUUGAAUUCUUGGUGGAUCUCAUGCAAUACUAUGGUGUGGUAUAAUUAUUAAUGUCUAUCCAAAUUGUUUUUACACUCAAUUAAACCUCCUUACUUGAAAAAUCACUUCAUGUUUAUUGUUACAGCAUUAAAUUUUCUGGCUCCAUUUCCACUCUUUCUUUUUUUUUUUUGGUGAUUUCCUUCACAAAGUAGCUGUGGAAUGAAGAGAAAAUAUUGGAAGAUGGACCUCCAUACAAUACUUCAUGAGCAUGUCUUUGGAGCCAUCCACUCUGUCAAGUGAAAGACCAAAAAAACUUUGGAGAUUGAUAUUGUGGCCUUUUGUUAGCUCUUUGUAGGAUUAUGACUGCUAAAUUUUGAGUUCAAGCAGCAAGACUGAAUAGAAAUAGAGAUAAGUUUACAUCAACAAUUCCAGCUUGAGCCUGUUCUCAUCACGUUGCCAGCAUCCUUCAGCUAAAACUGACUAGAGGACAAAAGAAAUCUCACUUUGCAAUUGGGACGCAUUAGAAGAUGGAAUGGAAUUAGUGAGUUCAAGCUUUAAGAGUAGACAAAGCUAGUGAUAAAGCUCCAUGGAAACUCUCCUCUCUGCUCAACUCUUUCUCCUGCAAUCUCUUUGAUCUACCUCAGGUUGUUUUUGUCCAUAAAUUGAGGGAAGCAAGUAUGGUUGCUGAAUCUUUAGCUAAACAGGGUCAAUCUCGUAAGCCUGAUUUUGUGGCCUUGUUUUAGAAUUGUUUUGGCUUCAGACUUUUUUCUUGUUCUACUGUUUUUUCAGUUUGGUUGUUUCACUCCUCUUUUGCUUUGGUCUUAUGAUGUUCUCUGCUUUGGUGUUUUUGGAGUGAGGUGAUUGCUGGUUUAGGUCGGGUUCUUUGGGGAAUGCCUGUUGGCAUGGGUUAGGUGGCAGCUCUCCUCACCUCCUGUAUAUUUCUUUUCUUCAAUAAAAUUUCUUGCUUA